AUCUACACUCCCAAGGUAGUUGUCAUUGGGCUGCGAGGCAGAUAGUUCUACAUCUGGAAAUCAGUCAAUUCAUUAUCAUUCUAUUGUGGAAAGAAAGUAACAGGACUCCUCUUCAUGGUAAACAUAGUUAUAUUUCUAAAGGUGUUUCCAGGUAGCGAUAGCAUUAAAAGGUGACAUGUAUUGGAAGAUUUUGACAGCAGUUCUCUGCUUCUAUGCAGUUGUUCCUGUAGAACCUACUGCAUCCUCAGCAGCUCCCACAACAACUGGAAAUGCAACAACAACAGCCACAGCUGCCAACACCACAAUCACAGCUGCCAACAAUAUCACCACAUCUGCCAACACAACAACCACAGCUGUCCCCACAACAGCCACAGCUGCGAACACUACAUCCACAUAUGCCAACAAUAUCACCACAUCUGCCAACACUACAACCACAGCUACCAACACAACAGCCAAAGCUGCCAACACUACAACCACAGCUGCCAAAACCUCAACCCCAGCUGCCAACAAUAUCACCACAGCUGCAACAACUACAACAACAGCUGACCCCACAACAACCACAGCCGCUCCAACUACAACGCCCUCACCCCCAGUUGUUUUUGACCUGGUAUUCAGAUCAGAUGAGGUUUUCAGUCCUGCUCUGACAAAUACCUCUUCACCUUCGUUCCAGAAUCUUGUAACGAAGACAAUUCAAGCGCUUGAGCCUCUGUUUAAGGCACAAUUCCCAAACUUCAUAAGACUGAUUGUGGUGGGUUUCAGGAAUGGUUCCAUCAUCACAGACACCCAGCUGGAGUUUGCUGCCGCUAACACAACUGCUAAUGCGACCACACCUUUUGCUGAGGCUGUGGCUACUACUCUGAAGGCUGCGAUCACCAAUGGAAGUUUGAGUAUCAACAUCUCAGCCAAUUUCAAGAUUACUGUAAAACCGACUCCAUCCGCAGCAUCUCCCACCACAACUGGAAAUGAAACGACAACAACCACAGCUGUCAAAACCACAACAACAGCUGCCAACACUACAACCACAGCUGUCCCCAAAACAGCCACAGCUGCAACAACUACAACAAUAGCUGCCCCCACAACAACCACAGCCGCUCCAACUACAACGCCCUCACCCCCAGUUGUUUUUGACCUGGUAUUCAGAUCAGAUGAGGUUUUCAGUCCUGCUCUGACAAAUACCUCUUCACUUUCAUUCCAGAAUCUUGUAACGAAGACAAUUCAAGCGCUUGAGCCUCUGUUUAAGGCACAAUUCCCAAACUUCAUAAGACUGAUUGUGGUGGGUUUCAGGAAUGGUUCCAUCAUCACAGACACCCAGCUGGAGUUUGCUGCCGCUAACACAACUGCUAAUGCGACCACACCUUUUGCUGAGGCUGUGGCUACUACUCUGAAGGCUGCGAUCACCAAUGGAAGUUUGAGUAUCAACAUCUCAGCCAAUUUCAAGAUUACUGUAAAACCGACUCCAUCCGCAGCAUCUCCCACCACAACUGGAAAUGAAACGACAACAACCACAGCUGUCAAAACCACAACAACAGCUGCCAACACUACAACCACAGCUGUCCCCACAACAACCACAGCUGUCAAAACCACAACAACAGCUGCCAACACUACAACCACAGCUGUCCCCAAAACAGCCACAGCUGCAACAACUACAACAAUAGCUGCCCCCACAACAACCACAGCCGCUCCAACUACAACGCCCUCACCCCCAGUUGUUUUUGACCUGGUAUUCAGAUCAGAUGAGGUUUUCAGUCCUGCUCUGACAAAUACCUCUUCACCUUCGUUCCAGAAUCUUGUAACGAAGACAAUUCAAGCGCUUGAGCCUCUGUUUAAGGCACAAUUCCCAAACUUCAUAAGACUGAUUGUGGUGGGUUUCAGGAAUGGUUCCAUCAUCACAGACACCCAGCUGGAGUUUGCUGCCGCUAACACAACUGCUAAUGCGACCACACCUUUUGCUGAGGCUGUGGCUACUACUCUGAAGGCUGCGAUCACCAAUGGAAGUUUGAGUAUCAACAUCUCAGCCAAUUUCAAGAUUACUGUAAAACCGACUCCAUCCGCAGCAUCUCCCACCACAACUGGAAAUGAAACGACAACAACCACAGCUGUCAAAACCACAACAACAGCUGCCAACACUACAACCACAGCUGUCAACACCACAAUCACAGCUGUCAACACCACAACAACAGCUGCCAACACUACAACCACAGCUGUCCCCAAAACAGCCACAGCUGCAACAACUACAACAAUAGCUGCCCCCACAACAACCACAGCCGCUCCAACUACAACGCCCUCACCCCCAGUUGUUUUUGACCUGGUAUUCAGAUCAGAUGAGGUUUUCAGUCCUGCUCUGACAAAUACCUCUUCACCUUCGUUCCAGAAUCUUAAAACGAAGACAAUUCAAGCGCUUGAGCCUCUGUUUAAGGCACAAUUCGCAAACUUCAUAAGACUGAUUGUGGUGGGUUUCAGGAAUGGUUCCAUCAUCACAGACACCCAGCUGGAGUUUGCUGCCGCUAACACAACUGCUAAUGCGACCACACUUUUUGCUGAUGCUGUGGCUACUACUCUGAAGGCUGCGAUCACCAAUGGAAGUUUGAGUAUCAACAUCUCAGCCAAUUUCAAGAUUACUGUAAAACAGACUCCAUCUGCAGCAUCUCCCACCACAACUGGAAAUGCAACAACGACAACCACAGCUGUCCCCACAACAACCACAGCUGUCCCCACAACAACCACAGCUGCCAACACUACAACCACAGCUGCCAAAACCACAACCACAGCUGCCAACACUACAACCACAGCAACCAACACUACAACCACAGCUGCCAACACUACAACCACAGCUGCCCAAACCACAACCACAGCUGCCAACACUACAACCACAGCUGUCCCCACAACAGCCACAAUUGCCAACACUACAUCCACAUCUGCCAAAACCACAACCACAGCUGCCAACAAUAUCACCACAGCUGCCAACACUACAACCACAGCUGUCCACAAAACAGCCACAGCUGCCAACACUGCAACCACAGCUGCCCCCACAAAAACCACAGCCGCUCCAACUACAACACCCUCGCUCGCAUUUGUUUUGAACCUGGUAUUCAGAUCAGAUGAGGUUUUCAGUCCUGAUCUGACAAAUACCUCUUCACCUUUGUUCCAGAGUCUGGCAACGAAGACAAUUAAAGCGCUUGAGCCUCUGUUUAAGGCACAAUUCCCAAACUUCAUAAGACUGAUUGUGGUGGGUUUCAGGAAUGGUUCCAUCAUCACAGACACCCAGCUGGAGUUUGCUGCCGCUAACACAACUGCUAAUGCGACCACACCUUUUGCUGAUGCCGUGGCUAGUACUCUGAAGGCUGCGAUCACCAAUGGAAGUUUGAGUAUCAACAUCUCAGCCAAUUUCAAUAUUACUGUCCAAGCUAAUCCAACGACAGCAGCUCCCACAACAACCACAGCUGCCCCCAUAACUAUCACAGCUGCCCCCUUAACUAUCACAGCUGCACCAACAACAACCACAGCUGCACCAACAACAACCACACGUGCAGCAACAACAACCACACGUGCACCAACAACAACCACACGUGCACCAACAACAACUACAGCUGCCCUACAAACAACCACAGCUGCCGUUGCCCCGACAACCACCGCAGCCCCAAAUGUUUUGCUUCUAGUGUUCAGUUCAGAUGAGACCUUCACCGAAACUCUCUCAAACAACACCUCGCAAGCUUUCCGGGAUCGGGCUACUACUAUAAAAAACGCGAUUGAGCCAUUCUAUCGCAAAUUCUUUAGAAGUUUCAUUCAGCUUGUUGUGUUGAGUUUCAGACGUGGGUCCGUCAUCACAGAAUGCAGAAUGGAGUUUGGACCUACUGGUAACGGGACUGCACCCACUGCUAAUUCGGUGAAAGAUGUUCUGGUGGAAGCAGUCAACAAAGGGAAUAUAGAUAUCCGUAUCAAUGCCAGCUCCAUCGUUGUCAGCGUUCUAAGCUCAUCCAUGUCUCCAGUGGUAAACAGUGUGUUUUCCUCUUUUGGAAUGACCCUGGUUUUCCUGCUGCUGUCUGCUGCAAUGCACAGACUUUAAGACCAGGACAAACCAACUCAUUUGCAACCCUGCACCUGACUACACAUGUAACUCUUUUAUUUUUUAUUUUUUUUAUCACAUAGCCCUCUUUUUCCAGUGAAAUAUCUCUAUAGCAUAUGCAUAUUAGGAUCCAGCUCUGUCAUUCACAUGAAAUUAUGUUUGUUUAAUCCUAGAUGCUCUUUAACGUAAUGUUAAACCUAUUGUACAGGAAUGGAUGCGUAAGCAGAUUUCGUUUGUUUGGUUAUAGCCCAUAGUAAAAUAUGAUGUAGAGCACGUUUGAUAAUACAUUGAGUGUAUUCAUAGAGUAAACCUUUUUAGUGGAAUGAAUUUCAACAUGGAGUUAAUGAAGGCAGGGCAAACAAUGAAACCCGACCUGAAGAUAAUCCCAACCAUCAAAAUCACCCAUUAUCACUAUUGUGAGAAUAUGUCUGCGUUAAUACAAUUAUCCCUUGUGUUUACUGUUGAUUUGAUGAAAAUAAAAAGGAAACUUUGGAAGAA